CUUGGGCCCGGGUGCUCUGGGAGAGCGGUAGCCGUCCCUUUCGCAGUCCACGAAGGUGUAGUGGGAAGUAGACGUCUCGGGGAUUCGGGGUGGCUCUACCAGCCUCCCAAAGAGAGGAGUUCGAAUCAGGGGCAGCCCAGGUUCCCUAGCAGUCUCGUAUCCUGUCUGAGACGACGUUGCCUGGGACUGAGGAGGCGAAACCCGGGACCCCGGGGUGGGGGUUUGGAAAGUUUGGGACUGCUGGGGCCCUCAUCUCCCCUGCCCUGGCCAGCCUCUGAGUAGGAGCUGGUUGUUAUGGAGAGAGUUGUGAAUCAGUGCCUGCGUGCGGCAUCAGACACACCCACGACCUAGAACAACGACUAUCGUCUAUUCCACAAGAUGAGUAACAGCCACCCUCUUCGCCCCUUUACUGCAGUGGGGGAAAUUGAUCAUGUGCACAUUUUGUCUGAACAUAUUGGUGCCUUGUUGAUUGGGGAAGAAUAUGGCGACGUCACAUUCGUGGUGGAAAAGAAACGUUUUCCUGCCCACAGGGUAAUUUUAGCAGCCAGGUGCCAAUAUUUUCGAGCAUUAUUAUAUGGUGGAAUGCGAGAGUCUCAGCCUGAAGCAGAAAUUCCUCUCCAAGACACCACUGCAGAAGCAUUCACAAUGCUACUCAAAUAUAUCUACACUGGGCGGGCAACGCUGACAGAUGAGAAGGAGGAGGUGCUGCUGGACUUUUUGAGCCUGGCUCAUAAAUAUGGAUUUCCAGAGCUAGAGGAUUCUACCUCUGAGUAUCUCUGCACCAUACUUAACAUUCAGAAUGUCUGCAUGACUUUUGAUGUUGCCAGUCUCUACUCACUUCCCAAGUUAACUUGUAUGUGCUGCAUGUUUAUGGAUAGGAAUGCUCAGGAAGUCCUCUCAAGUGAAGGUUUCCUCUCCCUUUCUAAGACAGCACUUUUAAACAUCGUGUUAAGAGAUUCAUUUGCAGCUCCUGAAAAAGAUAUUUUCCUAGCCUUAUUAAACUGGUGUAAGCACAAUUCAAAGGAGAAUCAUGCUGAAAUCAUGCAGGCUGUGCGUUUACCUCUCAUGAGCCUCACAGAGCUUCUGAAUGUUGUGAGGCCUUCAGGACUGCUGUCUCCUGAUGCCAUCCUGGAUGCCAUUAAAGUGCGAUCUGAGAGCCGGGAUAUGGACCUCAAUUAUAGAGGCAUGCUCAUACCAGAAGAAAACAUUGCAACUAUGAAGUAUGGAGCCCAAGUUGUAAAGGGGGAGCUGAAAUCAGCCUUAUUAGAUGGUGAUACUCAAAAUUAUGAUUUGGAUCAUGGAUUUUCAAGGCACCCAAUUGAUGAUGACUGCCGUUCUGGCAUCGAGAUUAAGCUAGGUCAGCCAUCCAUUAUCAAUCACAUACGGAUACUCUUGUGGGACCGAGAUAGCCGGUCUUACUCAUACUUCAUUGAAGUGUCAAUGGAUGAACUUGAUUGGGUCAGAGUGAUAGAUCAUUCACAAUAUCUGUGUCGUUCUUGGCAGAAAUUAUAUUUUCCAGCCCGUGUCUGCAGGUAUAUUCGAAUUGUUGGGACUCACAACACAGUGAACAAGAUUUUUCACAUUGUGGCUUUUGAAUGUAUGUUUACAAACAAAACCUUCACUCUUGAGAAGGGGCUGAUAGUUCCCAUGGAGAAUGUUGCAACAAUUGCUGAUUGUGCCAGCGUGAUUGAAGGAGUCAGUCGGAGCCGAAAUGCCUUGCUGAAUGGGGACACUAAGAAUUAUGACUGGGAUUCUGGCUACACAUGUCACCAGCUAGGAAGUGGUGCGAUUGUGGUUCAGUUGGCACAGCCGUACAUGAUUGGGUCAAUACGGUUACUACUUUGGGAUUGUGAUGAUCGAAGCUAUAGCUACUACGUUGAGGUUUCUACCAACCAGCAACAGUGGACCAUGGUUGCUGACAGAACUAAAGUCUCCUGCAAGUCCUGGCAGUCAGUAACUUUUGAAAGGCAGCCUGCCUCCUUCAUCCGUAUCGUUGGGACACACAACACAGCAAAUGAGGUGUUCCACUGUGUCCACUUUGAGUGUCCAGAGCAGCAGAGCAGCCAGAAGGAGGAAAAUAGUGAAGAAUCGGGGACAGGGGACACCAGCCUGGCCGGUCAGCAGCUCGACUCCCAUGCGCUGCGGGCGCCUAGUGGCAGCUCACUACCCUCCAGCCCAGGCUCCAACUCACGCUCCCCCAACCGGCAGCACCAAUAAAGGAGGCAGCGGGCCUGGUGUGACUUGGUGGGCUCGGGCAGCGGCAGGAAACGGUCUCCUCCCUGAGCAGGGGUCUCUGUUGACUGCCCCCACCUCUGCCCCUUUCCAGGGAGGAGCCGACCUAGCUGCAAAAGCAGACACCGAACAGGUUUUCUCCCAAGGACAGAAAGGGGCUGCUUUGUUCUUCUCAAUUUAUCCAAAUCAGGCUGGUCUCAAGGGGGAGAAAAUGGGUCUUCAAUCUUCAUCAAGUCCACCAUUAACACCCUACCUCUCUAAUCUAGCCCAGGCGCAGGGAACAGGAGGAAGUCAUAGACAGGCCUGUGUUGGAAUACAAAAAUGGCACGCAAACACUCAGGCGGAGGAGAAAGCCAUCGGGCCUUUGCUACCUGGAGGCACCCUUUAGGAAUGGGCCUCCAUAGAGUGUUCAUUCUGCUGGAAUACAUUGCCCUGGCAACUAAAUGCUUUUUUAUUUGUUUUAGUUAUUCUCCAUUCAGUGAAUCAUAGGUGUUCCGGAUCCAUUUGAAAUGCUCAAACAGCAAAUCACUAGUUUUAAUCCCUUUUGAUGCUAUAAUUUUCCUUCCUUGGUUUUGAACGGUUCAGCUUGCGGGGACAGAGACCCAUCAUGCAUGUCUCCUAAAUGAGACACGGAUGCAGCUCAUCCCGGCACUUGGGCCACAGAGGAAGUGCCACAAAUGCACACAAGCAAAUCAACCUGUGGACACUGGAGUUAAUAGUCACUCAUGUGGCUGAGUUACUCACCUGUCAUUCCUGACAUGGAUCCAGCCUUUAAGCUUGGGAGGCUGACAAGGAAAUAGUUACUAUGCCCGCUGCUAAUUCACUGUUCCGAAGUCCAUGUAGAUAAACAUAUACCGAGUUCUGGCAUGGCCAAACCUGCCGGGGACUGCCGUGGCUUAGCUGCCCCUCCAGUUGUGUUUAUCGAAGCAUUGGAGAGGCAGCCACCUGCCCAUCAGCGUCGGGAACGCAGAACUGGGACUCCGUGCUUCCCCCACACCACAGUACUCAACUGGGGACUGAAAAAUAGCAGUUCCAAGAAGCUUUUCUCCUAAUCCUCAUCAAAAGGACCUCAUUUGACGAUGGUGGCUUGAUGUGGCUCCGUCUCCUACUUAGUGAUUUCCAUUCCAGUGCUGCCUGCCCUGGGUAACUGCGCACAUCAUUGCCUGCCCCUCCGCUAUCCCCAGAGCUCCGGCCUCUGUCGCCAUCAGCAUCAGCCUGGGAGUCUCCCCAGGACGGCAUGGCACGUGAGCAGCACUGCAGUCCUUGGGUCCUCAGCGCCAACCUGCAACCCUGAUUAAAGGAGGGUGAGGGCGUGGGAGUUUCCUUUCAGGUGUGUCAAAGACAUAUCAGCUGCGCUCUAGAAAGAGCCAACGGGUCAGCCGCUUCCUCCUAGUUUAACUUGAUUUUGAGUGAUUUGUCCAUAUGGAAAUAGUAGGGUAGCAUCAAACUGUGUGAUUAAAUUGGAAGACUGUC